CAUGACGAUAUAAUUGAAUUUGAGCCCAAAAGAAACGGAAAUUUCAACGGUCACUGUGAAGCAGCAGUCUUGUAGCUGAGGAGAAUCAUCAAACUCUCCCAAGACUUUGACCCACCCAAAGAAAAGAAACAAACAUUAACGUUGGAAUAUCAAAAUUAACGUAGGAUCUAAACUUCCGGAAUAACUUUGAACCAACAAAAAAAAAGAAGAGGAAGAAAAAAAACGAAAACAAAAUCAGUUCCAUAGUCCCCUUUGAAUUAGUCACAUUUUGAUCAAUCAAACUUUGAUGUAAUUUUCUUUUCAGUGUUUGAUUCGAUUCUAGAAUAGUAGAAGGGUAUUGGGUUUUUGCCUAAUGUUGGAGCGAACAAAUUAAAUUAAAUUGCUAAGUAACAAAGCGAAUCCUGGAUAAGUUUUGGUUCAUCUUGUUUAUGACAUUCUAGCAUUGGAUUUGGCGGGUUAACCCGUCUGCAAAAGAAGCAAAGAAGAGAUUUUUGAAGAAUUCUUGAAAGGCCAGAUCUUUCUGGCAUUUGGAUCUUCUUCUGCUUGAUUGAAUCCUCCCCAGGGCUUGGUGUUUUCCGGUUACAAUUUUUUGGUAGUAACUGGAAACGCCAACGUCAGAAAAUGGAUCAAUUCAGGCAAAUAGGGGAAGUGUUGGGGAGUUUGAAAGCCCUGAUGGUUCUAAAACAUGACAUUCUGAUCAAUCAGAGACAAUGCUGCCUGCUGUUUGACAUUUAUGUUUCGGCAUUCGAAACAAUCUCGGACGAAAUCAGGCAGAAUUUCAGGCUGGAUGAGAGGAACAUAAAGUGGAAGCCCCUGGAAUUACCAUUGAAAGAGCUUCACAGAGUAUUUAAAGAAGGUGAACUUUACAUCAGAUAUUGCCUGGAUGUUAAGGACUGGUGGGGGAAAGCAAUCAGUCUCCAUAUGAACCGGGAUUGCGUCGAAUUUCACAUCCACAACUUGCUUUCCUGCUUUCCUGUUGUCAUUGAGGCCAUUGAGACUGUAGCAGAAUUCUCUGUGUCUGAGCUUGAAGAUAUGCAGAAGAGGAGAAGUGCGCUGAUGAGGAAAUACGAUUCGGAUUGGGACAACCCGAAAUUCUUUGAAUGGAUGUAUGGUAAGCAAUAUCUGGUGCCACGUGAUACAUGCACGCGAUUGGAUUCGGAUUCAGCCUGGAAAGAAGACAGAUGGUUACUCCUUGACGCAAUAAGAGAAAAAAAGGCAGCAGUUCCGACAACUUUGGCUAAGCAUGAACAUAAACUUGGAGACUUACUGAUGAACAAACUGAAUUCCUGUUUGCAGAAAGAGCAAAACAAGAAGCCGAGGCUCUUACCAAGCUCGGUGUUAGUAGGAUCAUAUGAUUAUCAUGUGAAAAGGCGUUUAGGAUUAGGGGAAGGACACGUAAAAGAAAUCCAAUGGUUGGGGGAAAGUUUUGCUUUGAGGACAUUUUUUGGGGACAUUGAACCGCUAAAUGAAGAGAUUGCAUUAGUCCAGUCACUUUCUCAUCCUAAUAUUCUUCAACAUCUUUGUGGAUUUUAUGACGAGGAAAGGAAGGAAGGAUUUCUUCUCAUGGAGCUAAUGAACAAGGAUCUUAAAACUUGCAUUAGAGAAAAUUCGGGGCAGAGGAAACGGCUUCCUUUUUCUGUUCCUGUUGCAGUUGAUAUUAUGCUUCAGAUUGCUCGAGGCCUGGAAUAUUUGCAUUCCAAAAGUAUUUAUCAUGGAGAACUAAACCCUUCUAAUAUACUCCUAAAGCCUAGAAAUUGCUCCGCCGAGAGCUAUUUUCAUGUGAAACUGACAGGGUUUGGAUUGAUCUCUAUUAAGACAUAUUCGCGAUCCCCACAUUCAGAUGCCGAUCCAGUUAUAUGGUAUGCGCCGGAAGUUUUAGCUGCGCAAGAACAGGUUGGUAAGAAGGGCAAUAUUAAGUACUCUGAAAAGGCUGAUGUCUAUAGUUUUGGGAUGCUUUGUUUUGAACUUCUGACAGGAAAGGUACCAUUUGAAGACAGCCAUCUUCAAGGUGACAAAAUGGUCCGAAAUAUUAGGGCAGGAGGAAGGCCACUUUUCCCAUAUCCAGCACCUAAAUAUCUAGCAAACCUAACCCGAAAAUGUUGGCAUCCUAAUCCAGAUCUUCGUCCUAAAUUUUCAGCCAUAUGUCGCAUCUUGCGCUACAUCAAGAUGAUCCUCAUCAUUAACCCUGAUCAUGGUCAACCCGAAUCGCCACCUCCUCUUGUGGAAUACAUUGACAUAGAGGCAUCUUACACGAAAAAGUUUACCGGGGAAGGGGUGAAUGCUGAUUACGUGGCUCCUGUUUCCCAGAUUCCUUUCCAGUUAUAUGCUUACAGAAUUAUACAAAAAGAGAAAACAAGUGCAAAUGACGAAAACUGGGAGAUGGGAAAUGAAGAAUUACCUCGAAGGCCAGCAUCAAUUAGUGGAGAGGAGAAUUUGGCUACGAUAGAUGAUAUGUUUCUUGUACCAAGUGACCGAAGAUCAGUCUGUUCAGAAAUCAUUGAAAGCAGGAAUUUGCGAGCAUUUGAUCAAAGGACUGUUAUCUCCGAAAUCCCACAAAAACUGUUUUUAUCUGAUCAAAGAUCAACCGGUUCUGAAAGUCCUAGCUUAAAGUCUCUACAUAUUUCAACAGCUGAUCAAAGCUCAAUUCGAUCCAGGACGCCAGAAAGGAAUCUUUCACAGGCACGUUCAGUGGAUCAAAGCUCAAUUCGAUCCAGGACACCAGAAAGGAAAUUGUCUACAUCAACCAGCCAGAAGAUGAAACAUGCUGAAAAUCCAGAGAAGCAAACGCUGUCAAUAGCAGAUCAGAAAGCAACUGAUUCGAAGUCUCAAACUGGUUUAUCUGAUGUGCGCGAGCAAAAUACAGGUAAUAAUAUCCCAGAAGAGGAAGCUAAAUCAACAAUAACGGCAGUUGUCAAUGUGCCAAAUAAUCCUUCUAACAGGGUUUUAAACAAAAAACUUUCAUCCAAGAAAAUUGCGCAUCGAAGAAAACUUUCUGAGAUUCCAGAGAAAGCCGUUUCUGCUUCCUUAGCCAAGAAACCAUCGGCCAACAAGAAGUCCACUCUUCCAAGGAAUUCAGAGAAGAAGACUCUACCCAAGAGGAAACCGAAAGAAAUAGUCAUUCCAAAAGGUCCAGGGCUCUCAAAUGAUGACGUACCAAAGUCUUCAUCUUCACGAAUAUCAAGAUCAUCUUCAACAAACGCAGCUUCGCCUACAGGAUGGCCACUAAGGCUUGCAUCAUCACAGGCCUCAAAAGGAUACAUGUCAUCGCCACAAUCACCUUUGCAUUCAUGCGCUCGAUGCUCAAGGACAGGCAGAGAGAUGACCGCAUUAUCAUCAGCAUCAAUGAGCCCUCGAAGAGCAAAAUUCACUCCUGUAUAAACACUGACAUUGUGUAAUCAUCAUCAGUUUAAGCUCAUCUUUAGAUAGUUUAUUGCUCCAGAUAAGAACUGAUAUGUUGCACAUAUUUGCUUAGAAAAGUGAAUGCUACAACCACAAUGUUCUUCUAGUUGCCCUUUUCUUUUUGCGGUGGAAUACAGCAAUAAUAAACUCAGUUCUCAUUUCACUUAUUGGAUAUCAACUAACAUACAAAUUAGGCUACAGCUGACUAGUUAAUUAGUGGAAUAAAAAAACCAAAAUUUGGGGCUUCCUGCCAUUAAAAUUACAGAUGUAUUAGCCAUUCCAUUGGGG